GCAUUUUGAAUCUGUAAAAAAUUAUUAUUGAUUUGAAUUUCAAAAUGAAUAGAAAUAAAAAUAUCAUCGUGUUUAAAUAAUUGAUUGCAUAAUUAAAAUAGUCUGAUGUCACCACUGAAUAAUAGUGUCAUAAAUUAUUAUCGUACUUGGAUAUCUCCCCAAAAUCUGUCAUAAAUAAUGUCAAAAUUAAUUGGUAAAUGUAUUAAUAUUUUAACAAUAAAUAUUAAGCGACAUUGUGUUACCAAAAUGACCCGGAAGUGUCUGUCAAAUGUACAAUAUCACAAGGAUGACACUUUAACAGAGCCAAUACCUCACUCCAAAGACUUCUUUUUCCGCCAGCUAUUUGACAUUACUUCCAGUACAUAUACAUAUUUAUUAGCAGAUAUAUUAAAAAGAGAAGCAGUUUUAAUAGAUCCAGUUGUUGACUUGGCUGAAAGAGAUGCUAAAUUAAUCAGAGAACUAGGAUUAAAACUCAAAUACGCAAUAAACACCCACAUGCAUGCUGAUCAUAUAACAGGAACAGGUAAAUUAAAAUCAAUAUUACCUGGUUGUAAAUCAAUUAUAUCACGACGUAGUGGUGCGCAAGCGGAUAUUUUGCUUGAACCACAUGAUUCAAUUAAUUUUGGACGACAUCAAUUAGAAGCUUUACCAACUCCAGGUCAUACAGAAGGUUGCGUGACGUACGUGUGUCGUGAACAGGGUAUCGCAUUUACUGGAGAUACUCUAUUAAUACGUGGAUGUGGUAGAACAGACUUCCAGGGUGGCUCACCAGAAAUUCUUUAUGAAUCAGUACACACGGUGAUAUUUAAUUUACCGUCAAACUUCCGGCUUUAUCCAGCUCAUGAUUAUACAGGUCGUACUGUAACUACAGUUGUUGAAGAACGUAUUUUAAAUCCACGACUUAGUAAAUCUAAAGAUGAAUUUAUCAAGAUUAUGAACAACUUAAAUCUUCCUUAUCCUAAGAUGAUUGACAAAGCCGUACCAGCAAACAAAGUUUGUGGCAUUUACGAGUAUCAAACAGAGAAAGAAGAAUAAAUGAUACUAUCGCUUCUGCUACCGCUGUUACUGUUGUACUAAAGAGGAUAGAGGUAAAGUAAAAGUAUCGAGGAAAUCCACAUAUUUUCUUUUUCUUUUUCAUAUAAAUAGUAUAAAAAAUAGCAAUGAUAAAAGAUAAAUCUUUUGGCAUCUUCCUCACUUUUCGCGAGAAGCGUAAUCGUCUUUUAUUUCACAAUGAAUUCAACAGUGAAGGGAGAGUUUAAAAAUAAAAAAAUAAAAAAAAUAGAAAAUAGAGUAAAAUAAAAAGUAUCUCGAAUGUGGUGUGACUGGUACGCGAAUGUCAGAGGCAAAGAGGAGGAUAACGGUACGAGCGAGACUCUAUUGUUAAGAGGAAAUAAAACGGAUUCGCUGGACUCUGAUGGCACGUGCGGUAUCGUCAGCUCUUUGUGAACAAAUAAUCGCGUUUUACGUCGCUGCUCCAUUAUACCAAAGCACCAUCGGCAUCAGGUAUAAGAAACUAAAAAUUCCUCUGUGAUUAUUCUAAAAUAAUUAUAUUUUAUAAACUAUUUACAUAUUUAUAUUCAUAAUUACUGUUUUUUUAAAUUUUAAAUAUGCAUUCAGGGAUUAUUGUUAAUAAUAAAUAAAAUAAAAAAAAGAAAA